UCUUCCUCAACUCUCAAAAUCCUGAAAACAGUGAAAUCAAUUACCAAACAGAAUGCCAAACAGAAUGCCAGUGAUAACCUUUGGAACAGCCUGCAGUCCAAUCCCCCCACCAGACUUUCUCAUUUCAACUUUCAUGGAUGCCAUCAAGGUCGGUUACAGACACUUUGACACUGCUUCAAUCUACGACACUGAAGAGCCCUUAGGCCAAGCCAUUGCUCAAGCCCUCCAGCAAGGCCUGAUCAAGAACCGCGAAGAAGUUUUUGUUACUUCAAAACUGUGGUGCUCUGAUGGACACCCUAAUCUUGUUCUUCCAGCACUCAAGAAAGCACUCAAGAAACUUGGGCUAGACUAUGUGGAUCUCUAUCUGAUACAUUGGCCAGUGAGAUUGAAAGAAGAAUCUAGCUUCUAUUUCAAGAAGGAAGAUCUACUUCCAUUUGAUAUGAGAGGGACAUGGGAAGCCAUGGAAGAGUGCUCUAGACUGGGUUUAGCAAAGUCAAUUGGGGUCAGCAACUUUUCCAUCAAGAAGCUCUCCCAACUUUUAGCUCAUGCAACUAUCCCUCCUGCAGUGAAUCAGGUACAAAUGAAUCCUUCAUGGAAACAGACAAAGCUGAGGAAGUUCUGCUCUGAGAAUGGGAUUCAAGUGAAUGCAGGGUCUUCUUUGGGAGCAACUGGGACUUUUUGGGGUUCCUGUGUAAUCAUGAAGAGUCCAAUCCUCCAAGAUAUUGCCAAGGCAAAGGGGAAGAGCGUUGCACAGAUUUCACUGAGGUGGAUAUAUGAACAAGGAGCGACUCCAAUUGUGAAGAGUUUCAACAAGGAAAGGAUGAUAGAAAACCUCCAAAUCUUCAACUGGGAACUUAGUAAUGAAGAACUUGAUAAGAUUAACCAAAUCCCACAAUGCAGGGGAUUUACAGGAGAAGUGUUUAUAUCACCACAAGGGCCUUACAGGUCAAUUGAAGAACUCUGGGAUGAGCUCUAAAAUCUUGCAUCUCCAUUUGGGAAUUUCACCACACAAACAAGUAUGGAUCUUGCUAAAACAGUAUUCAGUGGUAAUGAAGACCAGAAACUACUCAUGUUGUUCAAUUCCUCUC